AUGUUCCCACUGAUUCUACUAGUAGGGAAGCUAAUCGCAAGUGGGUCUGGGGGAAAAACAAAAGGUCCCAUUACUCAGAAUUCGGCCAUUUUACUCAGUAAGCUUCAAAGUGAAGCUCUAAGAGAAGCCAUUACUCAAAUCACCACAGAUGCAAAAGAGAAGAAGCAUAAUUUCACUAAAACCAUUGAACUCCAAAUUAGACUCAAGAACUACGACCCAAAAAAGGACAAAUGUUUCAGUGGAAUAGUGAAAUUGCCUCACAUUCCCAGGCCUAAAUUGAAAGUUCUUCCACCUUCUAAUGUGACUGGAGCUCUACAUAUUGGUCAUGCUUUAACUGCUGCUAUCCAGAUCGUGUUGCCAGACAAAGGGUUUCAGAUGAGAUUGAAGGGACUUCAGGAUGGAAGCUUUCCAACUGUCCUUAGAAUUUACAACUGGUUUGCAUGGCAUGUUGAAGAUCAUGAGCUUCACAGCUUAAAUUUCCUCCACAUUGGCUCUCCCAAGACCUGGUAUGCAGUCCCUGGGGAUUAUGCAUUCACUUUUGAGGAAGUAAUCUGUUCAAAGGCUUAUGGUGGAGGUGUAGAUCGGUUAGCUUCUCUAACACUCUUGGGCGAAAAGACUACCCUUCUAUCACUUGAAACUGUUGUUGCAUCUGGCAUUCCAUGUUGCAGGUUAGUACAGAACUCUGGUGAAUUUGUAGUGACCUUUCCAAGGGCUUACCACAUAGGAUUCAGCCAUGGUUUCAAUUGUGGGGAAGCUGCUAACUUUGGAACCCCAAAGUGGCUUUCAGUAGCUAAAGAGACUGCAGUGCGCAGAGAUGCCAUGAAUUUUCUUCCUAUGCUUUCACAUCAACAGCUGCUUUACCUACUUACCAUGGUGCCUAGGUCCUUGUUACCAGGUAUACGAAGCUCUCGUUUAAAAGAUCGUCUGAAAGAAGAGUGUGAGCUGUUGGUGAAGAAGGAAUUCAUUGAAGAUAUCCUCAAAGAAAACAAAUUGUUGACUUGUAUUCUUAAUAGAUCUUCCUCUUAUCAUGCAGUCCUAUGGGAUCUUGAAUCCCUCUCACCAUCUGUCAUUAAUAAUAGUACAAUCAUCAAUCCACAAACUGAAAACUUUCAUGUUGAAAAAGACAACGAAAAACUUGUUCAUGUAGAGGAUGAGGACAUGUCGAGUGAUUUUCAAAUUGAUUCAGGGACAUUACCUAGAAUAUUAUGUUUAGAGCAUGCAAGCAAAGUUGAAGAGCUGUUGGACUCCAUAGGUGGAGCAAAACUGCUUAUAAUAUGCCAUUUAGGUCACCAUUCACAGUUUCUGUUUUUCUUUUUUCAAUAA